GGGUUGAUUCCAAGAGUCCAGAUCCCAGGAGAAGGAAGAAUCUGAGGAACCCAGAAUAAUGCCCUCAGUUUACAAAGCUGAGUCCCAAAUGCUGAAUCGGAGUUUGCCAGGCUAAGAGACAUGAUCCCCAUGAGAGUCGUGCAUUGAGAGACGUGCAUUGGCCAAGGCAAAGGAAGAUCACUCUUCUCUACCUGCCUGAUGCCCUUCACCACCCACUCACUUACCCACUGCUCCCCCCAUGAAUAUCCCCAAGGCUCUCCUGCCUGGGGCAGAGAUGGCCAGAGGGACCCAGGACCAGCUGGCUCAUUACCUGGAGCUACUGCCGAAAGAGGAGCUGAAGGAAUUCCAGCUUCGGCUAUCCAACAAAACACUCUUUGGGUGUUCUUCUGGUGUGACACCAGCUCAACCAGAGAAGGCAAGUGGCACGGAGGUGGCCUCACAACUGGUGGCUCAGUAUGGGGAGCAGCGAGCCUGGGACCUGGCCUUCCACACCUGGGAACAGAUGGGCCUGAGUCUGCUGUGUGCCCAGGCCCAGGCAAAGACGACCUUGACUUCAACCCACUCUUCCUUAAUCAUCGGCUCCCCAAAUACACCCGCCAUGGAGUCCCCUAGCUGGCCCACCUCCACAGAAGUGCUGAAGUUCUGGAAUUUUCCUUGCACCGGGUCCACCCAGGAAUCAAAGAGAAUUUUUCCUUUAACACCUAGCCACAUCCAGAAAGGAAAUCCUCCCUUGUUCCUCCACCGAGCUCCUUCAAGCUCCACAGACCAGGAGUCUCCAAGCCAAGAGUCACCCAAUGCCCCCACAUCCACAGUGCUGGGGGGCUGGGAACCUCCACCUCAAACCAAUGCAGAACCAAGGCAUCAGGGAGCUCCUGAGACUGAGAGGCUUCUGGCUGAAACAUCUGGAAAUUAUUACAGAGGAAUCAGAGAAAGAUAUCAAAACCAGAGAAGAGAAAAGCUCCGCCAUGCACAAUCCUGGAAAAAUGACAAUAUGCACCAAAAAUUCACACAGCUGCUACUUCUACAAAAACCUCAUCCCAGAGGCCAGGAUCCCCUGGCCAGGAAAAGCUGGAGGAGCAAGGAGGAGGAGCAAGGACAUUUGAUUGAGAUCCGUGAAUUAUUUAGCCCAGGCCCAGGUUUCCAGAAAGAACCUCAUAUUGUCAUACUGCAUGGGGCUCCUGGAAUUGGAAAGUCAACACUGGCCAGGCAGGUGAGGGGAGCCUGGGAAGAAGGCCAGCUGUUCAGAGACCGCUUCCAGCACAUCUUCUACUUCAGCUGCAGAGAGCUGGUCCAAUGCAAGUUGGUGAGUCUGGCUGAGCUCAUCUCAGAAGAUGGGACAGCCCCUACAGCACCCAUCAGGCAGAUCCUGUCUCAACCAGAGCAAUUGCUCUUCAUCCUGGAUGGUAUCGAUGAGCCAAAAUGGGUCUUGGAGAAUCAGAGUCCUGAGCUCUGUGUGCACUGGAGCCAGUCACAGCCCGUGCAUGCACUCCUGGGCAGUUUGCUGGGGAAAGCCAUACUCCCUGAGGCCUCCUUGCUGGUCACAUCUCGGACCACAGAUCUGCAGAAACUCAUUCCUUCUUUGAAGCAACCACGUUGGGUAGAAGUCCUGGGCUUCUCUGAAUCUGGCAGGAAAGAAUAUUUCUACAAAUAUUUCACAGAUGAAAGCCAAGCAAACAAAGCCUUUACUAUGCUGGAAUCAAACCCUGAGCUCUUGACGUUGUGUCUCAUGCCCUUGGUGUCCUGGAUGGUCUGCACGUACCUGAAGGAGAACAUGGAGUUGGGGAAAGAACUCCCACCCACCAUUCAGACCAUCACAAGCCUGUGUAUGCACUACCUUUUCCAGGCCUUUCCAGCUCCACACCUAGGGACACAGCUCAAGGACUUCUGUUCUUUGGCUGCUGAAGGCCUCUGGCAAAGAAAGACUGUGUUCAGUGCAGGUGACCUCAGGAAGCAUGAGUUAAAUGAAGCCAUCAUCACCAUUUUCUUGAAGAGGGGUGUUCUCCGCAAGGGCCCUGACUCCCUGACCUAUAGCUUCAUUCAUCUCUGUUUCCAGGAGUUCUUUGCAGCAAUGUCCUAUGCCUUGAGGGAUAAGGAGGAAAGAAGCCAAAGUCCUGAUGGCCUUGGAGGUAUGGAAGAGCUGCUAGAUGUGUAUGGAAGGAACAACCUCUUUGGGGCACCAACUGUGCGCUUCCUGUUCGGCCUCUUAAGUGAUCACUGGUCAAGAGCAACAGAGAAACCCUUCACCUUCCAGUUGUCUCCGGAAAGGAAAUGGGAGCUGCUGCAAUGGGUGGAGGCCAAAUCCCCACCAGGACAACCACACUCUCUGGAGUUUCUCCAUUGUUUGUAUGAGACUCAGGAUGAGGAAUUCCUAAUGCAAGCCAUGGACUGUUUCCAAAGAACAAGGAUGUAUGUCCAGACAGACAUGGAGCUUCUGGUGUUCAUUUUCUGCAUUAAAUUCUGCAGUCAUGUGAAGAGGCUUCAGCUGAAUGAGGGCCCACAGAAGGGACAAGGAUGGAGACCCCCUGGAGUUGUCCUGUCCAGAUGGGUCCCCAUCACCGACAACAGCUGGCAGGUUCUCUUCUCUACUCUCAGAGUCAGUGGAGGCCUGAGGGAGCUGGACCUUAGUGGAAAUUCGCUAAGUCACUCUGCAGUGCAGAAUCUUCGUAAGACCCUGAGACAACCUCUGUGCUACCUGGAGACCUUGAGGUUGGCCAGCUGUGGCCUCACCGCUGAAAGCUGCAAAGACCUUGCCAUAGGGCUGAGCACCAGCCAGACCCUGACUGAGCUGGAGCUGAACUUCAACUUGCUAACAGAUGCUGGAGCCCAGCACCUUUUCCAGAGUUUGAGUCAGAGGUAUUGCAAGCUACAGCGAUUGCGACUGGUCAACUGUGGCCUCACUUCCAGCUGCUGCCAGGACCUAGCCUCUGCACUCAGCGUCAGCCCCAGACUGUUGGAGCUAGACCUGCAACAGAAUGACCUGGGCGACCAUGGAGUGAGGCUGCUCUACAAGGGGCUCAAGCAUCCAGCCUGCCAACUCACACUCCUGUGGCUGGACUACAUCCCUUUGAGUGACCAGGUGAGGGAAGAGCUGAAGGCCCUGGAAGAAGAGAUACCCAGGCUGCUCAUCUCCAGCAGAUGCAGGAAGCCAAGUGUGAUGAUCCCUAUUGGGGACCCGGAUGAAGGACAGAUGGGUGAGAACAUGUCCUCACUCAAGCGGCAGAGACCACAAUCAGAGGAAAGCUCCCCACAAGUAGCACAAGUGGAACCCUUCCAUCUGUCUUCUCAUGCCUCUAAUGAGGACUUGCACAUGGAGCUUCUGGGGACUGAAGAUAACUUCUGGGGCCCCACAGGGCCUGUGGCGACUGAGAUGGUAGACAAAGAGAAGAGCUUGUACCGAGUUCAUUUCCCCAUGGCUGGCUCCUACUGUUGGUCCAACACGGGUCUCACCUUUGUGGUGAGAAGGGCGGUGACCAUCAAGAUUGAGUUCUGUGUGUGGGACCAGUUCCUGGGCAACACUAUCCCACCGCAGAGCUGGAUGGUGGCAGGGCCUCUGUUUGACAUCAAAGCUGAACAGGGAGCUGUGGCCGCUGUGUACCUGCCUCACUUUGUGGCCCUCCAAGAGGGGCAUGUGGACAUCUCCCUGUUCCAUGUGGCCCACUUUAAAGAGGAAGGGAUGCUCCUGGAGAAGCCAAGCAGGGUGGAGCCACACUAUGCAGUCCUGGAGGACCCCAGCUUCUCCCCGAUGGGAAUCUUGCUGAGAAUGAUCCCCACCGCCCUGUGCUUCAUCCCCAUCACCUCCACCACACUGCUGUACCAUCAACUCCAUCCCAAGGAGAUCACCUCCUUCCACCUCUACCUGAUCCCUAGUGACUGCUCCAUUCAGAAGGCCAUAGAUGAUGAAGAAAAGAAGUUCCAAUUUGUGCGAAUACAUAAGCCACCCCCAGUGACCCCCCUUUACCUGGGAUCCCGCUAUACUGUGUCUGCUUCAAGGAAGCUGGAAAUCAUCCCCAAGGAAUUGGAGCUCUGCUAUCGGAGCCCCAGAGAACCUCAGCUUUUCUCUGAGUUCUACAUUGGCCACUUGGGGUCAGGGAUCAAGCUGCAAAUCAAAAACAAGAAAGGUGGAACUGUAGUAUGGAAGGCCCUGCUGAAACCAGGAGACCUCAGACCUGCAGCCACUCCGAUCCCUCCAGUCACCAAAGAUACCUUGGGCUCACUGCACUUUGUGGACCGGCAUCGGGAACAGCUGGUGGCCCGAGUGACAUCUGUGGACCCUGUCUUGGACAAGCUGCAUGGACAGGUACUGAGCGAAGAACAGUAUGAGAAGGUACGGGCAGAGCCCACCAAGCCGGGCCAGAUGCGCAAGCUCUUUAGCUUCAGCCGGUCCUGGGACUGGGCCUGCAAAGACCAGCUCUACCGAGCCUUGAAGGAGAUCCAUCCUCAUCUGAUUGUGGAACUCUGGGAGAAGUGGGGGGGAGACUUAGGGAGUCUCUGACAAGCUCAACACCUGAAGUCUUGAGAGCUCGCAGUUGAGUCCUGGCUCUGUCUGAUCCUUCUUUGGGUCUCAGUUUCUUCAUCAUUAAUAAGUUAUCAUUUGAGUUUGCUGUCUAGCUAUAAAGGGAUGGAUGAUGCCCCCUGAUGGACAUUCCUGCCCUGAGAUGCCUCACAGAUCCCCAGACUACCUCCUUUGACUUUCACAGCCUACUGUCCAGGUGGGAUAACAGCAUCUCGGGGAAUGUUCCUCUGAGGCUGGCGAGAUUCCUGCAGAUCUUGAAGAGCUUGGUCUUGGUCUUGGGGCCCCAGCAGCCAAGCCCAGAGCACUCCUUGUCCCAUCCAGAUGCACACAGGAGCAGGGAGGUCAUGGGGCUGUUGGCCUCUGACUUGAGACAAUGGAAAAAUGGACAUGUGUACUUGGAGAGUGUGAAUGACCUGUGAAUAGGAGAGGGAAUGAUUUAUUUUUCAGUUAUUCUAUCCAGCCAAACUCAGAGCUGGAGUUUCACCUAAAGUAAUGACAGGGGAAUUGCUGCCAGGUACUAUCCCAAAUCAUCCCAAGAUAGAGCUGGUUGGGGUUCCAAAGGAAAAAUAAUGCACUAAAUGCCAGGGUGAUCUUAUCUAAAGCAUUUAUUAUAGAGGGUAUCAGCAUCCUCUAGAUGAAAAUCAAGAAAAGGACAUGUUUUAUGCAGGCAGAUCCAUGAAAGAGGGUUGGGUCAUAGAGUUCAUGGAAAUUCAGGAGCAGGGAUAGUUUCUACAUGUUUGCUCUCUCAUUGUUUAAUCUAGACAACUUUAUCAGUACCUAGGAAUGGCCAAGGCCACAGCUUGGGUUCCAUCCUUCAGAGGAAAACAUGCAGCUGGCCAGGUAACAGAGCAGUCAAGGUUAUCUGUUUGACUUAGAAAAAUAAAGAAAGGGGGGCAAGACUGUGGGCACCUCCCAUUGUCAUGUUGGACUUGGCUUUGAUCUUGGUUCAAAUGUUGUUUCUGAAAUCUAGAUGUAUUCCUAGAGCCAGGAAAGAUAAAGAAGGUGGCCU